AUGGCGCAAGCAGGAACUGGCGGGUCGUACAACAACCCGCUGAAGAAGUUCAAACUCGUCUUUCUUGGAGAACAGAGUGUUGGCAAGACGUCGCUCAUCACACGCUUCAUGUACGACUCGUUCGACAACAUGUAUCAAGCCACGAUCGGCAUCGACUUUCUCUCCAAGACAAUGUAUCUAGAGGACAGGACAGUGCGGUUACAGCUUUGGGACACAGCAGGGCAGGAGAGGUUUAGGAGCUUGAUCCCGUCCUACAUCAGGGACUCGAGCGUGGCGGUGGUGGUCUACGACAUUUCAAACGCGAAGAGUUUCCAAAACACAAGGAAAUGGAUCGACGAUGUGCGCGCCGAGCGGGGGAACGAUGUCAUCAUCGUCCUAGUCGGCAACAAGACGGAUCUCAACGACAAGCGCGAGGUGACGACGCAGCAGGGCGAGGAGGAGGCGAAGCGCAACAACCUGAUGUUUGUCGAAACGAGCGCCAAGCUGGGCCACAACGUUAAGCUGCUGUUCAAGAGGAUAGCCCAGGCGCUGCCGGGGAUGGAGGGCUCCGACGCCGCCGCGCAGGCGUCCAGCCAGAUGAUCGACGUCAAGACGCCCACGGCUCCGCAGCCGCAGGAGGGAUGCGCGUGCUGA